GAGACCCCUGGGUGCUGAGGAGGCGCCGGCAAGGCCACGAUUUGUGGGGCACAUGCCCUAACUCAUGGAGGAGCUCCUUCACUCCAGCUGGCCCCAGGCCCUGCCCAGACUGACGGCUUCCCUACAUCGUGUGCCUUGUACAUCCGGCCUUGCCCAGACUGACGGCUUCCCUACAUCGUGUGCCUUGUACAUCCAGCCCUGCCCAGACCUGACGGCUUCCCUACAUUGUGUGCCUUGUACAUCUGACCCUGCCCAGACCUGACCGUUUCCCUGCAUCGUGUGUCUUGUACAUCUGGGCCCAGCCCAGCUGCCGGUCGGGGCACACCUCUGGCCAAUGCAGGCGCGAGGCAUCCGGGCCACACACACACAUUUCAGAGGAGACACAGCCAGCCGUCCGCUGCAGAGACUGCCCGGCUCAGGUGCUUCCCCAAGAAGGUUCCCUUAGUCCUCGAGGAGCCCACAACUUCCCUGCACCCCCAGGACAGGGUCCAAAAGGUGCCGGACUUCAGCUGUGUCUGCCAGAUGGGUUUCUGUACCAAGAAAUGGAGACGGGUCAUCCCAGAAGCCCCGGCCAAGGAGGGGAAGCAGAUCCUAGCGCCUCGCCGGUCCAGAGUGAACGGCUGGUCGAAGCCCCUUCACUCCUUCCAGGCGGCAGCCUGGAUCAUGUUCCUGGUCUUGGCCUUCGCCAGCUUCUUCAUCUUCAUUCCCUUGCUGCCACAGGAGUGGAAGUACAUCGCCUACAUUGUGACCGGUGGGCUUUUCUUUUUCCAUUUCAUCGUCCACUUGAUUGCAAUGUCCCUCGAUCCGGCCGAAGACAGCGUCCGCCUUAAGAAGAGCUACACAGAGCCUCUGCCGACCUUCGACCGUUCCAAACAUGCACACGUGAUCCAGAACCAGUAUUGCCACCUGUGCCAGGUCCCCGUGAGCCUGAAAGCCAAACACUGCAGUGCCUGCAACAAGUGCAUCUCUGGCUUCGACCACCACUGCAAAUGGCUCAACAACUGUGUGGGGACCCGGAACUACUGGUACUUCUUCAGCUCCGUGGCGUCUGCUUCGGCCGGACUGCUCUGCCUGAUCGUCAUCCUGCUGUACAUCUUCACUCAGUACUUCCUGAACCCAGAGGAGCUGCGCACGGACCCCCAAUACCAAAGCGUCUACAGGAAGAACACGUGGCUGCUGUUCCUCCCCCUCUUUCCUGUGAGGACCAGCACCCCAGUGGUCCUGGGCAUCGGGGUGUCCAUGCUGCUGUUGGACAUCAUGACCCUUGUGAUGCUGGGACACCUGCUCAUCUUCCACCUCUACCUGAUGGCCAAAAAGAUGAGCACGUUUGAAUAUAUGACACAGGGCCGCCUCCGACAGGAUGCAAAAACCCCAGAAGCGAAGAAAGGGCUGUCCAUCCAAAUAGAAUUGCCACAGGAAGCAGAUGAAGACCUGAGUCCGUCUGCGCGUGGCAAAGGGAAGCACAAGCAGUUCCUGAGGUUUCCUUGGUGCCAGAACAUGUGCUCCUUAAGCACCAUACACCCAAAGAAAUCCUCGCCGCCAAAGCAAACAGUUGUCGACCCAAAUUCAUCUGCUUCUGGGCGUGAGGGUCUCUCCCACAUGAGUCUCACGCCUGUUUGCUGUACACGAGGGCCUUCUGUGUUGACGUGUCUCUUCGUUCCCGCCCUCCCCAGCAGAGUGAAGCGGAAGGAGUUCCUGCCGCCACCACCGCUGUUUCUGUCUUCAAGUCUGAGUUCCACCGCUGUCGUCGCCCCAGAGGGCGCCCAGGAGGGCGCUUGGACGCUGAAGGUUGCAAUGGAUCAAGAAGAAACGAAGCAGCCUGGGGAGGGGAACCGUGCUGGAGAUGCAGUUCUGGCUCUAGGAGCCUGGGAGCCCAUGCUGGCCGAGCGUGCCAUCGGGGAACCUUCCUCCCCCAACAUCCUGCCUGGGGAGGCGGCCAUGGAAAACAUUGGCGUCCCAUCCUCGCUGCCCUGCAGCAGCCAGAAUGGGCCAUCCCAGGAGCCCUGGGACACCCGCCCACGGGACCAGAAGGCCCAGAGUGUGCAGUGCACCGUCAUUGACAUCGACAGUCAACCCCAGAGCAUGGAGACCACCAUCAUCAACAUCGGCAGUGAGCAAGAGGAGGGGGAGGCCCUCCAGGAGAUGUGAUACGUCCAGCACAUCCAACCUCAGGAACCUACACAGGAGGCAGCUCCGGGGGAGGCUGCGCCCCCCAGCCAGGGUGCAGAGGGCAUGCCUGCUCCUCUGGGAGAGACCAGGAUCGACAUGUGCCCCGUCCUUGGUGUGGAGCACGGCUGCCCCUUUGGAGAGGCCACCGAGCCCAGAGCCAACUCUCCUCCGAAACUCCAGUGACCAUGACGUCCAGGAACCAGAGCUUCGGGACGGGCUCGCUGGUGCGUCCAGAGCAUCCGGAGCAUCUAGAGCGUCCAGAGCCAGAACAACUUCGAAGCUCUCCAGGGUGGACCUCCUCGGCACAGAGACCAUCGUGCCCAGCGGGCCUCUUCUUCAAAGCUCCCCAGGACGCCCCUCCUCCGCAAAGGCACCAGUGUACCCAGCGGGCCUCUUCCUUGCUCUCCCAGAAGCCCCUCCUCCCUGCAGACAAAAGCGUGCCAGGCAGGCCUCUUCCUCGGAGCUCUCGUGGGUUCCCCUCCUUCGAGCACACACCAGCAUGCAAGGCAAGCCAAGUCCCUGCUCUCCAGGAUGCCCCUCCUCCAUGCCAAAAGUUGUACACCAGGCAGGCCUCUUCCUUCUUCUCCAGGAUGCCCCUCCUCCGCACAGACAUCAGCAUGCCCAGCGGGCCACUUCCUUGCUCCCCAGGAUGGCCCUCCUAGUUGAAGACACCAGCGUGCCGAGCGGGCAUCUUCCUUGUUCUCCAGGAUGCCCCUCCUCCCUGCAGACAAAAGCGUGCUAGGCAGGCCUCUUCCUCAAAGGUCUCCAGGAUGCCCCUACUUUCAGCAGAAAGAUGCAAGCC